AUGACCGAACAAGUUCCGAUCAUCGACCUCACGGCUUACUACAACGACGGACUGCCUGCGCAGGAAGCCAUUCGUGCUAUCCACGAUGCGGCGUCGACGUGGGGCUUCUUUCUCAUCACGAAGACGAGGGUGUCCCCCCAGGUCCAGUCAUCACUUGUCUCCAUGUCACGUACCUUCUUCGACCUACCACUCGAAUCCAAGAUGGCACUCGAUGUUCAUAGUGGUGGCGUUGCCUGGCGUGGCUACAUGCCUCUCGGCGGCGAGCACACACACGGACGUCUCGACUGGAAGGAAGGUCUCUACGUAGGCCCUGAGCACGCCGAUGACCACCCACUCGCCGGCCUCCCACUGCACGGACGUAACCAAUUUCCUGACUUUGAUCUCCCCGAGAUGAGGCCUACUGUGCUGAAAUACGUGGAUCAAGUUACGGAGCUGGGCAAGACGCUGACAGACAUGUUCUCGUUGGCGUUGGGGUUGGGUCGCGCCGAGUUGCGCCAGACACUUCUAGAGCCGGAGCCCGUUGUGCUAUUCCGGUGUUUCAAAUAUCAGGCGGUGGAGGGGCAACUUUUUCAGGACAAGAUUGUUGGCGUAGGAGACAGGGAGAAGUCAAGGGAUGGGACUGGUGAGCAGAGUUUCGGUAUCGGCGAACAUACUGGUAAGGCGGUCUCACGACUCAAGUACACUCGGGACGCGCUCAUUAUAGCUAUAGACUUUGGUUUCCUCACCAUUCUGAAAGUGGACUCACCCGGCCUCCAGAUCCUAUCGCCCUCGGAUAAGUGGGUAGAUGUUCCAGUUCUUGAGGACUGUUUCAUCGUGAACAUUGGCGACAUGUUUGAUCAACUCACACAUGGCCGAUAUCGAUCCCGACCCCACCGUGUCUGCCGGCCCGGACCCGGCAACGCGCCGCGCUUUUCUUUCCCCCUUUUUUUCGACUUUGCAUGGAAUGCCAAGAUGGUGCGUUUACCGCUACAUCACUUGACCCCGCUGUCGGAGGAGGAGAUUGUGUCCGCGAAACAGCGCUGGGCUGGGACCACGUUCCGUUCAGUUCAAGGGCUUUGGUCACAAUAUUUGGCGCGUAAGAUGCAGAAGGUGUUUCCAGAUUUAAACAUGGAAGAUUUUGAACCCAACGCUGCACCUUCUACGAGGUUCACAAGGGUAGUAGGAACGUAA